AUGAACCACCAAAUCAGAGAUGCUCACAACUCGGUGUCUCCAUCUUCGUCGGAGAGGUCAAAAGAAGAAGAAGAAGGAAGAAGAAGGAGAUGAAGAAGAGUUCGUCAAUGGAGAAACUAAAUACGAAGUGGGUCGCAUCGACGGCGAGCAUAUGGAUUCAAUGCUUCACCGGGGCAACCUAUACCUUCGGAAUCUACUCCUCCGUCCUCAAAUCCUCUCAAUCCUACGACCAAUCAACCCUAGACACCGUCUCAAUCUUCAAGGACAUCGGCGGCACUUUCGGGCUUCUUUCCGGCCUUCUCUACACCGCCGUAACCUCCGGUGGCGGAAGAGGGCCGUGGCUGGGGAUCUUCGUGGGUUUGAUUCAAUGGUUUUCUGGGUUUUUCUUCAUGUGGGCUUCGGUGGUUGGUCUGAUCGAUCGUCCUCCGGUUCCGUUGAUGUGCUUGUUCGUGUUCUUGUCCGGUCAUUCGCUCCCGUUCUUCAACACGGCCAAUGUCGUCACCGCCGUAAGAAAUUUCUCCGACUACGGCGGAACCGCUGUUGGCAUCAUGCAGGGAUUUUUGGGCCUAAGCGGAGCUGUUCUUGUUCAAUUGUACCACAUCUUCAGCGAAGGAAAUCCUGCUACUUACAUUCUCCUCCUGGCAGUAGUACCCACCCUUGUCAUCUUGUCGACUAUGCCUUUCGUCAGAAUAUACGAUUCCAUCACCACUGGCGACAAGAAACACUUGGACGGCCUCUCUAUGAUCUCUUUGAUCAUCGUUUCCUAUCUUAUGGUCAUUAUAACACUCGAAAACUUGCUGGGUUUGUCACGACCGAUGCAGAUAUGCUCCUUUGUUGUUCUGAUUUUAAUGCUUUGUUUGCCUCUCUUGGUUGCGGUGAGAGCACGGCGCGAAGAGAAGCAGAGACUUUUGUCUUUGGAUUGUCCUGUUGUUCCCGACAGAACUGCCUUGCUCCACUGUCCUAAGCCGGACAUUUCUCCUGAAACUGAUCUUAUCGAGGAAGAUGAUGAUCUGAAUAUCCUGCAAGCAAUGUGCAAGCUGAAUUUCUGGCUACUCUUUCUCGCAAUGAUUUCCGGGAUGGGUUCUGGGUUUGCAACCAUAAACAACAUCAGGCAGGUAGGCGAGUCACUUCACUACCCGACUGUCCAGCUAAACUCCUUGGUCUCCCUCUGGAGUAUAUGGAACUUUCUCGGCAGGUUUGGAGCCGGGUACAUAUCCGACACAUACUUACACAAAUACGGAUGGCCAAGACCCGUUUUCAUGGCCGUAACUCUGGCCAUAAUGGCGAUAGGUCACAUUGUGAUGGCAUCGGGUGUACAAGGAAGCCUCUACAUUGGCUCACUGUUAAUCGGCAUGGCGUAUGGUUCACAGUGGUCACUCAUGCCGACCAUAACAUCGGAAAUCUUUGGGAUUAAGCAUAUGGGAACCAUAUAUUUCACCAUUUCGAUAGCCGGUCCUGUCGGAUCGUACAUCUGUUCCGUGAAGGUGAUCGGUUACUUCUACGACAAGGUGGCUUCAGGGGACGACAAUUCUUGUUUCGGGAACCACUGUUUCAUGACUUCGUUCAUGAUCAUGUCGGCUUUGGCUCUGUUCGGAUCUCUUGUUGCCUGUGUUCUGUUCCUCAGGACCAGGAGGUUUUACUCGAAGCUUGUGGCCAGAAGGAUCGUGAAUUUUGUCCUUUCAUGGACCGUCAAAAUCACUGAUGCUUGUGCAAGUCACAACCCAAGUGUCUUCAUCUUCGUUGGAGAGGUCGAAAAAGAUGAGGAGCAGGAGGAGGAGAAGAGAGCGUCAAUGGAGAAACUGAACACGAAGUGGGUCGCAUCGACGGCGAGCAUAUGGAUUCAGUGCUUCAUCGGAGCAACCUACACCUUCGGAAUCUACUCCUCCAUCCUCAAAUCCUCUCAAUCCUACGACCAAUCAACCCUAGACACCGUCUCCAUCUUCAAGGACGUCGGCGGAACUUUCGGCAUCCUCUCCGGCCUCCUCUAUACCGCCGUCACCUCCGGUGACGGUGGCGGAAGACGGCCGUGGCUGGUGAUCUUCGCGGGUCUGAUUCAAUGGUUUUCCGGGUUUUUCUUCGUGUGGGCUUCGGUGGUUGGUCUGAUCGAUCGUCCUCCGGUUCCAUUGAUGUGCUUUUUCGUGUUCUUGUGCGGUCACUCGCUACCGUUCUUCAACACGGCCAACGUCGUCACUGCCAUCAGAAACUUCCCCGGCCACGGCGGGACAGCUGUUGGCAUCAUGGUGGGGUUUUUUGGCCUAAGCGGAGCAAUUCUGGUUCAAUUGUACCACAUCUUCUGCGAUGGUAACCCCGCUGCGUACAUUCUCCUCCUGGCCGUUGUACCGACCCUUGUCAUCUCGUCGACUAUGCCUUUCGUCAGAAUAUACGAUUUGAUCACCUCUGGUGACAAGAAACACCUUGAUUGGUUCUCCGUGAUCUCUUUGAUCAUUGUCGCCUAUCUUACAGUUGUUAUAGUUCUCGAAAACUUUCUGGGGUUGUCACGGUCGAUGCGGAUAUGCUGUUUUGUUGUUCUUCUUCUCAUGCUUUGUUUGCCUCUCUUGGUUGCCGUGAGAGCACAUCGUGAGGAGAAGCAGAGACUUUUGUCUUUGGAUUGUCCUGUUGUUCCCGACAGAACUUCCUUGCUCGACUGUCCUAAGCCAAACGUUUCUUCAGAAACUGAUCUUAUCGAGGAAGAUGAUGAUGAUCUGAAUAUCCUGCAAGCAAUGUGCAAGCUGAAUUUCUGGCUACUGUUCCUCGCAAUGCUUCCCGGGAUGGGUUCUGGGUUUGCGACCAUAAACAACAUCAGACAGGUAGGCGAAUCACUUCACUACUCGACUGUCCAGCUGAACUCCUUGGUCUCCCUCUGGAGUAUAUGGAACUUCCUCGGCAGGUUUGGAUCCGGGUACAUAUCAGACACCUGUAUACGCAAAUACGGUUGGCCAAGACCCGUUUUCAUGGCCGUAACUCUGGCCCUAAUGGCGAUAGGUCACGUUGUGAUGGCAUCGGGUUUUCAAGGAAACCUCUACAUUGGCUCACUGUUAAUCGGCAUGGCGUUUGGUUCGCAAUGGUCACUCAUGCCGACCAUAACGUCGGAAAUCUUUGGGAUUAAGCAUAUGGCAACCAUAUAUCACACCAUUGCCGCAGCCGGCCCUAUCGGAUCGUACGUCUGCUCCGUGAAGGUGAUCGGUUACUUCUACGACAAGGUAGCUUCUGUGGGUGACAAUUCUUGUUUCGGAAACCACUGUUUCAUGACUUCGUUCAUGAUCAUGUCGGCUUUGGCUCUGUUCGGAUCUCUUGUUGCCUGUAUUCUGUUCUUCAGGACCAGGAGGUUUUACUCGAAGCAUGUGGCCAGGAGGAUCGUGAAUCAGCCUUGAGAUUCGAUCAUUAUGUAUGUGUGUGUGUAUUUUUCAAUAUUGCAAAAUAUGUAAUUGUAUAAUUCAGAUACCACACUGGAAACCAUAUACAUACAUGUAUAUCUGUAAUACGAAUCCCGUUCCAGAUUUAUGGA